AUGUCAUCUUCAGAAGAACAACAAAAGAGAAAAGGCGAAUUUGUUGUUGGAGGAAACAAUAUUGCCAAACAUCCAAAUAUAUUACGUUUAAAUAAGGAGCAGGAGAGAAACACAAGUACUGAUCAUAAGAUCGUUGGAUCUCUCACAAAAGAAAUUAUAACAGAAUUUGAAGUUGAUGACUUGACUCCUAGAAAUGAAAAUAUUAAUAUGGAUCUUGUUUCUAAUGAAAACGAUUCAAAAACUGAUUCACUAGAUUCAGAAACUUAUUCAUUAGAUUUGAGUCCUUCAUUUAAAUUUCUUGAAAAUACAUUUCAAUUUUUUAAUCAUGAGUGUACACCAUAUUCACCAUGUGGAUCUGGAGAAUAUUCAGCUUCGGAAUUCUGA